AUGACCCCUACUUGGAAGAGAUUAAUUAGAUUCGUCGCUCAAGACGGAAAGACCUAUAGAGGUGAACCUAUUGUCUCUGAUGCUGACUACGAUGUUGGCAAGCAAUUCUUGCAAGGUAAACAGAUCAUGGCCAAGGUUAUCACUGGUGAUAUCUUUGAUAAUGCUGUUGUGACUGAUGUUAUCAAGGAAGUAAAGACUUUGUUGGGUCCUCUUACUCCCGAUGAUGUUCCCAUGGUGAAGUGUGUAGGUUUGAACUUCAUGAAACACAUCCAGGAAGGUGGCAGAACCCCACCACCAUUCCCAUCCAUUUUCUACAAGACAAGUUUCAGUGUUGCAGACUUCGGAGAAGACAUUCCAAUUCCUAAGAUCGCUCAAUCCAAAUGUGAUUAUGAAGGUGAAUUGUGUAUUGUUAUUGGCAAGACCGGAAAAAAUAUCAAGGAAGAAGAAGCAUUGAGUUAUGUUGCUGGUUAUGUUACUGGCAACGAUGUGUCUUCCCGUAACUGGCAGAAGGACCCAGAAUUCGCCGGAAGUGUUCCUCAAUGGUGUUUCUCUAAGAGUUUCGACAAGUACGCUCCAUUGGGUCCAGCCUUGGUUUCACCACAAGUGAUUCAAAAUCCAGGAAACCUUAGCCUACAAACUACCGUUAACGGCGAAAUACGUCAAGAUGCCAACACUGACGAUCUUUUGUUUGGAGUUCCAAGAAUCAUUUCCUUCAUUUCGCAAAGCACUACAUUGGAAAUGGGAACUGUCAUCAUGACCGGAACUCCAAGUGGUGUUGCGUUAGGUAUGAAGCCAACCCCUGUGUAUCUUCAAAACGGAGACGUUGUUGAGGUAGCUAUUGAUCAAAUCGGCACACUUUCUAAUAAAAUGGUGUUCGAAUAA